AUGUCUAAUAGUCAACAAUAUAUUGUUAAUGCUCAUUACAAUGGGAAUGUUGUUGUAUCAGAUGAAGUGGGUUUGAUCUUUGAAAACACUGACGUAACUCGUUUUAGUGUUAAUAAAAUAUCGUCAUUCCGACAUUUUAAAGAUCGGGUACAUAUGAAGGUGCAAGCAGGAUCAGUCACAAAUAUUACGUACAAAAAUAUUGUCUAUUUCGGGAACCAUCACUUUAAAUUUGUUCCAUUAAAGGUUCGCGACGACGAGGAUGUUGAAACGAUGUUUUUGAAUCAUGAACGUUUUGGGUUUCAGCAUAUUGAAUUAUAUAUAACAUUUGCAGAAUGUCAAGAAACUCAAAUUUCUCAAGUCAUUAAUCCAUCCAUAGAGGCAACACCAACCAUAAUUAUACUCGAAGAUGUUGAAGAAGAAGACGACGAAGAAGAAAAUGAGGCACAUGUUGAUGAUUUAUAUACUACAUUAUUUGAGGAAGGAACCGGUGUCAACAAAGUCAACACAGAUGAACAAUACAUUCCAGUUGAGAAUGUAUUCAUCCCACCGAUGCAUAUGACAACCCUGUCGCUAAAUAUAGAAGGAACAUCAUUUGAAUGGCCACAAAAUUCUCAUAUUCUAAUGGAGGGUGACAUCGAAGUUGGUAACCAAUUUAAAAAUAAAGUUGACUGUGUUGCUGCCAUUAAGAAAUAUCACAUGAAAUACUGCGUGGAUUAUAAAGUGACAGAUUCUGACAAGAAGAGAUACAUAAUUUUUUGCAAGAAUGAUUCCUUCAAGUUUCGUCUAUUGGCGUCCUACUGA